CAGCGACCUUCAGCCGAAUCCAGCCCAAGACGGUCAUAUCCUGCGUGGACCCACAUACCACAAAUUCUGUAUACAUAUACCUCAGCAACUCCCGCACAAACUACAUCUUCAUGGUCGCCCGCGGUUCCUCAAAAGGCAAGAAGCGCACUAGGGACCCUCCUACUGCUUUACACCAUAGCGAUAGCACUUCGUCCCUGUCUCCUGCACCGUCUGAUCCUCCUCCAGUGAAAAAACCGAAGCGUGCAGAGACGCGCCCAUGCCCCGUAUGCAGCGAGCUAAUCCCUCUGCGCCUAAUGGGCAAACACCUGGAGCUCGAGUCCGAGCGCGUCGACGAGAUCAUCGCCAAUGUCGGGUCUCCAGAAGUAUACCAAGAUGACCGCGAGGAAGGCCCCAGCAAUGCGAGUCGGCGCUCUGCGAUACGGGCUAGGAAGUCCUUCUCCUCCGCUAGCGCGCGAGACCCCUCAGAUCCCCUCUAUCAGGGCGAGAAGGCGAUACAGAGCAUUAGGCGCCGGCGCAAACAACGCCAUGCCAAACUCAAGGACAUGGUUCGCGAGGAGGACGAGGAUGCGCGACCUGUCCGAAGUAUGACUGCUGGGCGCAAUGAAAUUAUCUGCCCGGUCUGCUCGACGACUGUCCACGGCGACCAAGAUGUCCUCGAUGCGCACGUUGAUGCGUGCGUGGCGAACGAAAGCAGACGAAUAGAGGAAGAGCGACAGCGGGAGCUUGCUCAGCGAGAAGCUGAAGAAGUCGUCUGGCAGGAUAGUGGCGACGCGGAGCACAUAGGCCACGUAGGAGACGUACGGGGCACCGGCUUCCACACCAGAAACGAGGACGAACAAGACAUCGACGAAGAAAUAGAUGUCGACGGCGACGAUGCCGAAAUGUUCGGCGCGCCCCAAUUCAACGAGGGCGACAUCGUCCCCGUACAGCCCCCACAAGCUGAUGCAGACGAGAACGUCGAGAUCGACAUUGAGGGAGACGACCUGAACUCCGACCACCGGACACUUCGCGACCUCAUCGCUGACGGCAAGGUCGUGCAGCGCUCCGCUGUCGAGAACGCGAAGGCCGAGAUGGAGGAGGUUAUGGGCGUUGGGGACGCUGAUAGGAUCGACCUUGCGAUUUUGGCUGCGAAGCGAAAGGGUGAUAAGAAGGCACUUAUCGUGGCGUUGCAGGAGAAGGUUGAUCUAUUGGAAUCUGCCCGCAUCUCAUCCUCGACUUCCUUGCUCUGUCGAAUAUGUCUAGACCCCUACAACGAGCCGACGGUAUCGACCGGAUGCUGGCAUACUUGCUGUCGCGAAUGCUGGCUGCGCUGCCUUGGUUCGACCAAGUUGUGCCCCAUUUGCAAGCGCAUAACGGCGGCGGCUGACCUGAGACGAGUGUACCUAUAGGAGUGUACCUCUGGGCUUUUUGCUCCCCGGGAGGAUAUUUGGAUUUCAUGUACUGCAUCUAUUUGUACUCUACUAUAUCUUGCACUUGAUAUUGUACUGUUGUCUACCGGAA